AUGUCUCAAACUAAAUCUAGAUCACCUACACUUAAAGAUGCUUUUAAAUAUGUUAGUUAUAUUAAACAAUUGUAUCAAAGCCAACCUUCAAAGUAUAGGCUUUUUAUUUCUUCUUUAAAGUCUUUUGACCAAGCAGAAAUUGAUCACAUAACCUUGAUCAGACGAAUGGAAACAGUUUUUCAAGAAAAUUCGGAAUUAAUGGAUGAAUUUAUCCAAUAUUGUCCACAGGAAUGGAAUUCUAUGAGAAAUAAUUUGGUCAUAGGAAAUAAUAAUUAUGGUAAUAAUAUUACAACAUCAACUAUAAGAAGGAAUGUAAACUCAUCCGCUAAAAAAAAUGGAAUAAAUGAUGUUUACGAUGAUAGUAAUAAUAAUAUAAUAAAAAUAAUGGUGAAAAAACCUCGUGUGGCACAAGAAUUUGAUGAUAACUCUUUAGCGGUCCCUAAUACAAUGACUACAGUACCUUCUAAACCUGCACAAUAUAAAUUAAAGGGUAAACCGUCAAAAAAAAGUGUAUCAAGUACCGUAACAAAAGAUUUUUUGAUUUCAAAGAGAAAUGAAGCCUUUACAAAAAUCCAAGAAUCCAAUGAUUCUUUGGAUUCAGAUCAAUCGAUCAAUGUGUCAUCUAUCAGCACCUUUUCAUCACGGCAGUCAUCAUUUUCGUGCACCCUAAAUGAAGAUUCUUCAGUUGAAAUGGAUAAAAUCCCAGAAGCACUAAAAGAUUUUCAACCUACAUCCGACGUGUCAAACUCAACAACACCUUUACGAAGAAGUACAAGAAUUCGUAAACCUUCGUUCAAGAAAAUGGAUAGUAUUUACUAA